CAGUAGCGGGUAAGCGCCAUGGGAUGGGGAGCAAGCAAAGAAGGGCCGCUGAACAAGCGGCGUAAGCGUGUCCAGAAGCAGCAGCCGUGCCUCGGGGGCCCACAGCAGCCAUGCGGCUCGUGCUGGCCAACGGGCUGUUCUGGGGCAACGCCCUGGUCGCCACCCUGGCGGUGGGCAUCGCGCUGCUCGGCGCCAGCUUUGGAGUCCGAUGGAAGAGGCACAUCCUCGCCCUCUUGCCGGGACAUCACCUGUCGCUGGUCUCCGUCUUCCUGGUGGGCAGCGGCUGCGUGCUGCUCGUGGUGAGCGCGUUCGGCCUGUGCAUCUCGUGGCGUCUGCGCAGGCGCGACCGCACUAAGGAGGGCGGCCUGUCGGCCGAGCGCGGCGCGCGCGGCUGCGGCGUCUACAACGCCAUGGCGCUGGUGGUCAUCGUCAACGUGGUGCUGAGCGCGCUCGUCGUGCACCGGUACGUGAUGCGCGCCCGGCAGGACGUGGACGAGGACCUCAAGUACGCCAUGUACCAGUACUUCGUGGACGCCUCGACGCGCGACAAGCUCGACAGCCUGCACCGCGAGUUCAAGUGCUGCGGCGUCCGCAACUACACCGACUGGACCAUGGCCACCGCGGGCGCCGACCUGGCGGGAAGAGGACGCAUGGUGCCGGCCAGCUCGUCGGCGCGCACGUUCGUGCCUCGCACGUGCUGUGUGGUGGAGAGUUCGGGCGGCGCCUGCCUCAAGUACCACGAGCAGGGCUGCCGAGACGUGCUCGUCGACUACCUCAACAUGCUCAUGCCGUCCGUGCUCUUCUGCGCCAUAUGCGUAUCCGUCUGGCUCUCAACUAUGAUGCUGACCUCUCAUCGCCUGCGCAGAAUUCUACUUGAGAAUCUGAAUGUCUGA